AUGAACCAACAGUGCAAAGUUUGCGGGGAACCAGCCGCCGGUUUCCACUUCGGAGCUUUUACUUGCGAAGGCUGCAAAUCGUUUUUCGGACGGACCUACAACAACCUGAGUUCGAUAUCGGAAUGCAAAAACAACGGCGAGUGCGUGAUCAACAAGAAGAACAGGACGUCGUGCAAGGCGUGCAGACUGCGCAAAUGCCUGUUGGUGGGCAUGUCUAAGAGCGGGUCGCGGUACGGACGCCGGUCCAACUGGUUCAAGAUCCACUGUCUGUUGCAGGACCAAAACGCGGCGGCCGCAGCCGCGGCCGUCGGCCACCACCCGCCGCACCAUCACCACCAGCACCACAACGGCAGCAGUCGGUCGUCACCGCACCACCAGCAGCAGCAGCCGCCGCACCACCAGUCGCAGCCGUCGCCGUUCGGUUCGCCGCUGUACCCAGCCGGUCUGGUGCACCCCGGCCACCACUUCCUGACCACCGACAAGUUCCUGCAGGCCCGACUCAACGGUUACGGGGCCGCCGCUGCCCUGAUGACCGCCGCCGUCCAGGACGACGCGUCCUGCCGUCGCCAGGCAGCCGCUGACGCAAUCAUCAGUGGGCACCACCAACACCACCACCAUCACCGCAACCGCCAUCAUCACAACAACAACAACAACAGCAUUGACCGACGACACCGUCACCGUUACGACGAUGAAGACGACGACGACGACGACGAUUGCCGUGGCCGCCGUCACCGUGACGGUGACGAUGAUGAUGACGACGACGACGACGACAACGGCGAGCGCAAUGACAACAACAACGGUGGUGACGACCAUUCGCCGAAGGGCGGUCGCCGUCGCCGGCGCCGGCCGUCCGCUUCCGACGACUCGGGCGGCUCGUCCAUGCCCGACGAAGAGGACAACCGUGGCAGUGGCCACCGCAAGACUGCCAGUCCUGUGCUCCGGCACCACCACCGCAGCCCGUCAUGCACCACCGGCGGCACGCCGCCCGCGUUCCGGCCGCUGUCCUCGUCGCCGUCCGCCUCGUCCACCGGUUCGGCGGACGCCAAACGCAUCCGGCUGUCCGUCAGCCCGUCGUCGGCCACGGUCGGCUCGUCGCCGGUCUCCGGUUUCCACUCGCCGUACUACCCGCUGUCCGUCACCCGACCAGGACUGACGCCGUUCGUCGGCGGCGGCCUCACGCUGUCCAUGGCCGCGGCCGGCUGGCACGCAGCCGUGGCCGCGGGCCGCACGGCCGCCGGUGGCGAUCUGCUGCUGUCCAGCCCGGCGCCGGGCGGCGUGGCCGUCGAACAGGAAUACCCCAUCGACCUGUCGCUGAAGACCACGGCCGCCAAGUACAACAGGUCGCCGGUGCCGCACGCGCCCCAGUCCGCCGGCGGUCGGCACUCGGCCACCGACGACCCGGAGACCGCGGCCACGGCCACCGCGCUGCCGCCUUCGCCGCUGGACCUCACCAAACGGACGGCCGAAGUCUAG